CCGCAGAGGUUAUCACAGAUUAUAAAGCUGAUGAGUUAUGGGAAGAUGGUCGAUUAAUAGUGACAACAAAAGUAAACGAAUCAACACUGAUGAAUUAUGGUACAAUGGAAGAUGGAAGAUCGUUUAUUUUGGAAGAGAAGCCGUUUCUGUUUAUGGAAAACUCUUUUAAUUUGAUAAAAUGA